AUGUACAUGCCAGCCGUGCAGUGCCCCACACUAUCCAACCCUACAAACGGCGCUGUGAGCUGCAGCUCCAGGAACUACGGAGAUGUGGCCUCCUACUCGUGUAACACAGGAUACAACCUGAAUGGCUACUCUACACGGACGUGUCAGUCUUCAGGCUCAUGGAGUUAUAGUGCACCAACAUGUGGUGUCGUGCAAUGCCCCACACUAUCCAACCCUACAAACGGUGCUGUGAGCUACAGCUCCAGGAACUACGGAGAUGUGGCCUCCUACUCGUGUAACACAGGAUACAACCUGAAUGGCUACUCUACACGGACGUGUCAGUCUUCAGGCUCAUGGAGUUAUAGUGCACCAACUUGUGUUGUUGUGCAGUGUCCCAUACUGAGCUCCCCUACAAACGGUGCAGUGAGCGGUUCCAACUCCUACGGAGAUGUGCUCACCUUCACAUGUAUCCCAGGAUACACUCUGGCUGGUGCUUCGUCACUAACAUGCCGGGCGGAUGGGACUUGGAGUGCGAGUCCACCAACCUGUGAACUUGGACAAUGCCCCGUACUGACAGCCCCUACAAACGGUGUCGUGAGCGGUUCCAACUCCUACGGAGACGUGGUUACCUUCACCUGCAACACAGGAUACAACCUGGUCGGUUCCUCUACACUUACCUGCCUGUCGAGUCUGGCCUGGAGUGGGAACCCACCAACAUGUGCAAGCGUGCAGUGCCCAGCGUUGCAGUCUCCUACAAAUGGUGGCUCGAGUGGCAGCAACUACUACCAGGACGUGAUGAGCUUCACCUGUGACUCGGGUUACCAACUUGAUGGCUCGGCAACCAUAACGUGCCAGGCAGACCGCAUAUGGACUGACAGCGCUCCGACUUGUCCGCCCGUACAGUGCCCACUGCUAGCAGCUCCUGACAAUGGUGAAAAGUCUGGCGAGAAUUACUACCAGGACGUGUUGACGUUCUGGUGUCAUCCUGGAUACGAGCUGGUUGGACCUUCCAGCAUGACCUGCCAAGCUGACAGAACAUGGAGUGAUAACGUCCCAACCUGCGCACGUGUGCAGUGCCCAGCGUUGCAGUCUCCUACAAAUGGUGGCUCGAGUGGCAGCAACUACUACCAGGACGUGAUGAGCUUCACCUGUGACUCGGGUUACGAACUUGAUGGCUCGGCAGCCAUAACGUGCCAGGCAGACCGCACGUGGACUGACAGCGCUCCAAGUUGUCCGCGUAAGAAUCGAUAA